AUGGCUUCGUAUAUCACCAGAUAUCUUUUGAAAACCUGUACAAUUGAUCCCACAUCGAAUUGCCUGGCUAAAGGGGUGCAUGUACAAUGCCAGAAUGUAGUGAUUAGAACCGGUAAUAAUCUAUCUAUCUAUCUAUCUAUCUAUCUAUCUAUCUAUCUAUCUAUCUAUCUAUCUGAUCCUGUUCCUUUUCUUUCUUUCUUUCUUUCUUUCUUUCUUUCUUUCUUAUCCUGUUCCUUUUCUAUCUAUCUAUCUAUCUAUCUAUCUAUCUAUCUAUCUAUCUAUCUAUCUAUCUAUCUAUCUAUCUAUCUCAUCCUGUUCUUUUUUUUCUUUUCUUUCUUUUUUCUUUCUUUCUUUUUUCUUUCUCAUCCUGUUCCUUUUCUAUCUCUCUUUCUUUCUUUCUUUCUUUCUUUCUUUCUUUCUUUCUUUCUUUCUUUCUUUCGUAUCCUGUUCCUUUUCUAUCUAUCUAUCUAUCUAUCUAUCUAUCUAUCUAUCUAUCUAUGUGCAUUACACGGUUCAAUCAAUGAAAAUAUACUCAAUAUAUCUAUAUGUUUCUGUAACUCUAUUUCUUCCUUUUCUUUCUUUUUUUCUUUCUUUCUUUCUAUCUAUCUAUCUAUUUAUCUAUCUAUCUAUCUUCGUCUUCGCCCUUCAAGAUAUCAGUGUGAAAAUAUCAAUACUGGUCAUGUACGUAACAUGAACAUCGACAUCUCUCUUUCAGAUCAGCAGAACAACAUUCCCGUUUGCAAUUCUGGGAUGAGAGAUCGAAUCGUUACGGAAACAAUGUGA